AUGGAGAAUGGAGAACGAGAAGAAGAGAGUGGAUUGAAUGAUGGGCACCACGAGAUGCGCGACGAAAAUCUGCCGCGGACCCGACAAAACUCAAAAUCGAAGAAGCAGGACGAGGAGCCGGUGGAUGGGAAUGGACCUCUGAGUGCUGAGAAAGGCCGCUUCGCGGUGCUCCUCGACGGCAGUACGAGCACCUUCUCCGUACACUCGAUUGUCGGCAUUGGAGGUGUAAACGUGAAAGCGGGCGAGAUGAUUACGGUAGAUGGCAUCUCGCAGACGAUAAUUGAUAUAUGCCCGACACGGGAGAUGGCCAUCGAGAAAUGCGACGAUUCCUGCAACGAGUUCAACGCGUUUUCGAUCGGCCAGGUGUUCCACAACGGCUCGAAAACGGGCGGUGCGGAGCGUGAAGGGGAUGAGGCCGAAGAAAGGGACCACAGACGGGAGGAGAAAGACCAGGAUCUCACGGACCGAUACGAGCUCGAGGAUGAGCGCUCGGAGUUGGCGAUUGGGACCGACCCCUACGCAGCGAUUCGCUACAUUUUCGGGGUGUACUACAACGAGUUGAGCGAGGACAUGGCCAGGCUAAACAAACGCCACGAAUCGCUGACGACAAUGAUGGAGAUUGUGAUGGGCGGGACGUGGAAUACGAGAGGCAUCGAUGAUAGCAUGAGAUUUGACCCCCGCGAACCCCUCGUUUCGCGGCGAAUCGGCGAGAAGAAACUAGAGAGAUACAAGAAGCAGCGCUACGAUUCGGAGGGCGAGCCGCUGGAUGAGAAUGGAGGCGAGGGGAGCACGAGGGAUUAUAAGAGACCGGCGAAAGGAGCCCAUCCCGGCUACCCGUUCCCCGCCUUGAUUGGCAGAGGAGAAGAAGAGCGUUGUCUUGCUCAAUCGAAUGGCCAGCCAGCCUCAUUUGCCCAGCGUAUCUCACAGCUCCUCUUCCACGACUCGCUACAUCUCUAUUUUAAGGACCAAGACCCCCAAAAGAGACAGUGGCUGCACGAUCUGGUGGAUUAUCGAUAUCCCUCCGAGGAUAAGAUGGCACAAAUGUAUAAAUGGAAGAGCUGCUCGUGGGCCAUCAAUAAAAUAAGGAUUAAGGAUGGUGCUGUGGAUGGUGGUUCCCGUCGCAGUCUCCCUACCGUAAUCCCCACUUAUUCGGAUCUUCUGCCCCGGAAGGCUCAAAACUACAAAUCGUGGACGGGAAAGGAAGAAAUUUCGCACGUGAAGCCGGAUUUCCCGUACGUGGGCGAGGUGUUGGAGCAGUCAAUCUUUGAGAAAAGCCCCGAAGAUCCGAUCAAAUAUGUCGAGCGACUGGCUUUUCAUCUGUUCCACGACAGUCUCGACAAAUUGUUCUCCGAACAGGACGGCGCCCGUAAGGAAUGGCUGCGUGAUAUGGUGGAUUAUCGAUUUCCGAUUGAGGAGAAAUUGAAGCGGGAUUCGAGAUGGAAGGUUUGCGGCGCGGCGGCGAAUCGGAAUCGGCUGAAGCACGUCGUCAAUGGUGUCGUGCUCGCCUACCCGUACGUGACCAAGGAGUUCGAGGAGGAAUGUCUGCGGGCAGCCCGCGGCAACCCUACCGUAUACGCCGAAAUGAUGGGCAGAGGGCUCUUUCAUGAGUCUAUUAAUGUCUCCUUCAAGGACCAAGAUCCACGAAAGCGGACGUGGCUUCACGAUAUUCUGGAUCGACGAUUCCCCACUUCCGAUAAGAUCAAGCAGAUUCAGAAAUGGAAGCUCUGCUCGUCGGCGAUCAACAAAAAUCGAACACUUUCCGCCUCGCAAUUGGCUCCCUUCAAAAAGCACCAGGUGAAAAAAGACGAUGAGAAAGCGGAGCGAGCAGAGAAAACGACCGGAAAGAAGAGAGAGGAGAAAGAGAGAAGAGGAGCAACAGCUGGAGCCGCAGCUGAUGAGGAGAGGGCAACGACGUCGAAACACCACGACGACGACGACGGGGAGCAGUUCGGCAACAACAACUGUCGGAGGAGGGGUGACACGGGCGGCAGCUGCUGCUCAACAAGAUGGAGCAGGAGGACGAUCACAUCCAACGAGGAAAACGCAGGACCCGUCAACGACAACCACCUCCUCCACUUCUUCCGCCCAUCCCCCCUCAAAUGGCCCAUCAUCUUCAACAAGGACAUCCUCAUCUACCGUCAAUUCCGCUUCUUCAUCUACCAAUCAUCGACCACAGCCAAAGAGAACCUCAUCCACAGCCGCCACAUCAACAGCGGCCGGGAGGACCGCCCGCUAAAAUGGCCAAAAAAGAGGAAUUCGAUCACGUCCGUCGACCCGUCGAUCACCUUCCCCUACGGGGUCACCGACGAGCAGGAGGAGGAAUUCUUUGCCAAAGCCCAGGGCAACGCGCCGUUCUACGCGAAAUCGGUGGCCCAGCUGCUGUUCAAGGACAAUUUGGACUCGUAUUUUAAGGACCAAGAAGACGCGAAACGUGCGUACAUUCGCAAGCUAGUCGACGUGCGAUUCCCCUCGGCUCGAAAGCGUGAUUACGAGAUGAAAUGGAAGAACUGCACGAUAGCCAUCAAUCGGAAUCGGACGUCGUGGAAACCCUCU